AGACCAAGACCGGGUUUCACUCUAUAAAUCAUUCCACCAAGUAAUCUGUGUCGAAAGCAAGUCACUUGUAUCGGAAAAAGUAUAGUAUUCAAGCAAAUCUACUCCCACACACAUGCAGAAAGACUCAACUCAAAGUGACGACAGACAGCCUCAUACGUGAUCCAUCCAGACGACCCACACACGAAGAGAAUCCAAGAGAAUCCCUCUCUCCACUAUCCCCAUUUCCACCCUUAGACUGUCACUCUCCCGCCGUCGAUGACCUCUUUCUCGAGCCCGAACCGCCCCAGCACACGACGGAAAAGGCCCAUCGAUGUGGGCAGACGCUCGUCCAGAGGACACGAUGCCGACGCCGCACAUCGCUCGGUGGUGUAGAGCUUCAGGUUCCCGCAGUACAGCUUCAUGUAAGCCGCAAUGGUGUCGUCAGGACGAAAGCCGCUCACCAUCACCACACGUUGGUAUGUGACCGACCCGCUGUCGUGAAGCCGGCAGCCCACUGCGAAGACAUCCUGGCCAGUCAGCCCAUCACUCAUCAGCGAGAGGUAGCGAUCGUCGCUGACAUCAACGCGUCCCCUGAGCACCAUUCUGUGUUCCAAACAGUCGCAUGCAGCCAAGCGACGGACCAGCCUCCAUACCAGAGCCGCCGAGAGAGAGGGAAAGAGAUAGAAACGGGUGUCAUCCAUGCGGAGGUGGACAGCGGGAUCGUGUCGGUUGUAGCCCACCUCAUACGGAUCAUCACGCUGCAACCGAUAAUCAUCAUCAUGCUGCACCCGAUCACCUCCACCCAUGCCUUCUCCUUUCGCCGGUGGCAGUAUCUCUCUGCUCAAGCUCAGUCGACGUCUGAUCAAAGAGAAGGACACGACCUCCAUCAGAGACAGGUCCUCGGCGGCCGGCUUCGUGCGCAGAUGAGCGGCCAUCCACCGGGCCGAGACCACUAAUGGCACUGCCUCAGGAGCCAUCAGCCGGUAGAUGACGGCCAGUCUGAGGAACACAGCGAUGUUCCGCCAGCCGCUGCCGCCCUGCUCGAGCAUGAGAGCGCAAACAGAUAGCUGAAGCGCCUCGGAGGGCUGUCGCGAGCCCACGGCAUCACCAGUCGGCAGACGAAGACGACAAGGCCGUCCGGAAGGCAACCACCAAGGCCACCCACUCCGUAGCUGCGGUCGACGUCGAUAAGGCCAUGGAGGGAGUUGCGGGUCAGAGAGGCGUCAAUGCGGCCCAGCAGUAGAUCAGCCGUGACGACGGAAGUAGAGAAGACAGGGGAAGUGGUCCGCAGCGCCGCCAGACCAGCCACCGGAAGGUAGGGAGUCACGCUUUGGCGCCAUAGCUCCAGGGGCACCAGAUCUGCCAUCAGACGUCCCUUUUCUCCUUGCUCAGCUGCGCUU